GGCGUGCCCACCUUCGUCCUACCGGGCUCGGGGCCCGAGCCGCGCGCCAGCUCGCGUCCGCGCCGCAGGAUCCAGGCCGUGCCCUACCGCCUGGAGCUGGAUCAAAAGAUUUCGUCUGCUGCCUGUGGCUAUGGAUUCACAUUGCUGGCCUCUAAAACUAAGGAUGUCACCAAAGUGUGGGGCAUGGGGCUCAACAAAGACUCUCAGCUUGGAUUUCACAGGAGCCGCAAAGAUAAAAGCAGAGGCUAUGAGUAUGUCUUGGAGCCCUCACCCAUCCCGCUGCCCCUGGACAGACCUCAGGAGACCCGAGUGCUGCAGGUCUCCUGUGGCAGAGCACAUUCUCUUGUCCUGACGGACAGCGAAGGGGUUUUCAGCAUGGGAAACAAUUCCUAUGGGCAGUGUGGAAGAAAGGUGGUUGAGAAUGAAAUUUACAGUGAAAGUCACAAGGUCCAUAGAAUGCAGGACUUCGAUGGACAGGUGGUCCAGGUAGCCUGUGGUCAGGAUCAUAGUCUGUUCCUGACGGAUAAAGGAGAAGUCUAUUCCUGUGGAUGGGGUGCAGAUGGGCAGACAGGUCUGGGUCACUACAAUAUCACCAGCGUCCCCACCAAGCUGGGCGGAGACCUCGUAGGAGCACACAUUGUUCAGGUUGCCACCUAUGGAGAUUGCUGCCUGGCCGUGUCUUCUGACGGAGCCCUCUUUGGCUGGGGAAACUCUGAGUACCUGCAGCUGGCCUCUGUCACUGACUCCACUCAGGUGAAUGUCCCCCGGUGCUUACCCUUCUCGGGAGUGGGCAAGGUGAAGCAGGCUGCAUGUGGCGGCACAGGCUGUGCCGUGGUAAAUGGAGAAGGACAUGUUUUUGUCUGGGGCUAUGGAAUUCUUGGGAAAGGACCAAACCUAGUGGAAACUGCUCUUCCAGAAAUGAUUCCACCCACUCUCUUUGGCUUGACAGAGGUCAGCCCAGAAACCCAGGUUUCCCGUAUUCGGUGUGGACUCAGCCACUUUGCCGCACUUACCAACAAAGGAGAGCUGUUUGUGUGGGGCAAGAACAUCCGAGGGUGCCUGGGAAUCGGUCGCCUGGAAGACCAGUAUUUCCCCUGGAGGGUGACGAUGCCUGGGGAGCCAGUGGAUGUGGCGUGUGGUGUGGACCACAUGGUGACCCUAGCCAAGUCCUUCCUCUGAAUCUCCUACCUGACCUGCUCAACUCUGGCCCUGGCCUCCGAACCACUUGGGCUGCUUGGCAGAGGCAGAGACAAGGCUGCCCAGCCAGGGUUCUUGGUGGUCAAAGAGGCUCCUGACCUUUUCCAAGCACGACAAGCAGGUACAUCCUGGGAGUCGGGAAGAGGCCCCUUCUCAGCUGGGACGAGACCUGCCAAACUCGGCACAGGAUGGCUGCCUUUAGUGGGCUAAGAUCCCGAGGAGUCAGUGCCGCUCCCGUGGGCCUGGGGGCAAGGGGAAGUCGCAUAGCUCCACUCAGUCCCGGUAACCUGCGAGGGCCUCUGGUGUCACGCCUUGUCCAGGAAACUGGUCUUCGAAAACCUGGGUUCUCGCAGCAUGCCCUUUCGCCCGAUCUCAAGCAGUGGCUGGACAGAGGCUGUGCUCAGGAGAGCUGUCGCCCGGGCCUCGCGGUUUGCGCCUGGGCUGGCUGUGCGUGUGCUUCUGGCCGAGCCCCAGUUUAGCCAGGGGAGCAGCCUGGCCUUGCCAGCGUUGCGUUCAGGUCACACUGCUCAGGCAGCCAUGUCUGGUUGGUGGCAGUAUGACAGGCCUGCUGGUAGGACACAAGGAACAGCCCGAAAUUCCUUGGACUGGAAUCCCCCACGGAGCGACCGCUGUGUGCCAGCCGGCCACCCCACAGAGCUGUGGCUAUCCAGCCCUGGAGCCACCCUCGCUGCCUGGCUUGGAAAAGGGAAGCCCCCACAGGAAGACUGGGGCCAGAUUCUUGUGGCUGAAGGCGUUGAACACAUCCACAAAAGCUUGGCUGAGGGGCCAGCCCCGGGGAAGAAAGACUCAGAAAUCAUGAAAAACAUUUGAUUUAGUAAUGGGAACCUGUCUUUUUCCCUUCAAAACAUCUUUUAAAAAAAUCUUUUUUGGAAUAAAAUUCUAUUUUCUGC